AUGUCGAAACUAACCCCAUCAUCAUCAUCCCAAAUCAACCUCAAAAUGUGCAAACUGACCUCAUCAUCAUCAACCCAAAUCAACUUCAUCAUCCUCACACUUUUACUCUUCACUUUGCCCUUUUAUGGAAACAGCCAACCUAGUAUCAGUUCAGAGAGAUCAAUUUUGCUUCAAAUAAAGCACCAUUUUUCUAAUCCAUCCAAUCUUUCCCACUGGAAUUCAUUGUCGGAUCAUUGUACUUGGCCGGAGAUCACCUGUGGAGAUGGCUCCGUAACUGGAAUCCAGCUCACCUUCCUAAUGCUGAACCAAACCAUACCACCAUCCAUAUGUGACCUGAAAAACCUAACCAUUCUUGAUCUCAACCACAACUUCAUCCCUGGACCUUUUCCUGUAGCUCUGUACAAUUGUUCAGAUCUUGAAUUCUUGGAUUUGUCUUACAACUACUUCAAUGGCUCCAUCCCCAGUGAUAUUAACCAGCUUUCUUCUCGGCUGAUGGCUUUUAACCUCUCCUCAAACUUUUUCACUGAUGGCAUCCCACCAGCCAUUGGAGGACUAAAGCAGUUAAAAGAGGUUAAGUUUGGCGCCACUUUCUUAAGUGGCUCUUUCCCGCCAGAUAUUGGUGACUUGUUGAAUCUUGAAAUUCUGGUUUUGGACAAUAAUGCCUUUGCACCACAGAGCAUCCCGUCAAGCUUUACUCAAUUGAAGAAACUGAGGAAUCUAUGGAUCAAAAAUUCCAAUUUGGUUGGAGAAAUUCCUGAGAAUAUCGGUAACAUGACAGCUUUGGAAUUCUUGGCUUUAUCUGGAAAUAGUUUGAGCGGUAGCAUUCCAAGCAACUUGUUUCUGCUUAAGAAUUUGACAAAAGUUUACCUAUACGUAAACAAAUUGUCAGGUCCUAUUCCUCAGUCAAUUGAGGCCUUGAACUUGUAUUGGAUUGAUUUUUCCAAUAACACCUUAACCGGCAAAAUCCCUGAAGACUUUGGGAAGCUGAAAAAAUUGGAGGGGUUGGUUCUGUUCAAGAAUCAAUUGUCGGGCGAAAUACCAGAGAGCAUAGGUAGAUUACCAGCAUUGUGGGAUGUGAGGCUGUUCACCAACAAUCUGUCAGGUGUAAUUCCAGCAGACUUUGGUAAACAUUCGAAGCUGCAAACUUUUGAUGUUUCCACAAACAAUCUUGUGGGAUCAUUGCCAGAGGGGCUGUGUGAUAACAAGGUGCUUUCUAGCAUCAUUGCUUUUAACAACAAUCUUACAGGUGAGCUUCCAAAGUCUCUUGGGGAUUGUCAAACCAUGGGAAGUGUUCUAGUUGAAAAGAACCAACUUUCAGGUACAAUUCCUGAUGGUUUGUGGGCAGCUAGAAAUCUGUCAAGGUUCUUGAUUAGUGAUAACUUGUUUACUGGUGAGCUUCCACAAAAGAUUGCAUCGAAUGUGUCUCUAGUGGAUAUUAGCAACAAUCAAUUUUCAGGUGAAAUCCCUGCUGGAGUUUCUUCUUGGAAUAAUGUUGUUAACUUCAAGGCAAGCAAUAAUCUCUUUACCGGUGAAAUCCCUCAAGAACUGACGGCGCUGCAACAGUUAUCGGUUCUUUGGUUAGAUGGGAAUCAGCUUUCUGGGAAUUUCCCAUCAGAAAUUAUCUCAUGGAAGUCACUGACCUCCUUGAAAUGCAGCAGGAAUCAACUGUCUGGUGAAAUCCCUUCACCACUUGGUCUUUUGCCAAAUCUUAAUGAGUUGGACCUGUCUGGAAACCAACUUUCUGGGGAAAUUCCUUCCGCAAUAGGGCAUUUGAGGCUAACUUCACUAAACCUGUCUUCAAAUCAUCUCACUGGGAGAAUCCCAGGUGAGCUUGAAAAUGCAGCUUUUGAUAAGAGCUUCUUGAAUAAUCCUGGUCUUUGUGCAACCACCCCUUCAUUUGGCCUCAGUAUCUGCAAGCUGAAUACCAAGAAAUUGGAUAGUGAUUUAGUCAGAGUUAUAGCUAUUCUUGGAAGCAUAGCAGCAGCCUUGUUUCUAGCAGCCAUUCUCUUUGUGGUCUUUGUUUCAAGAAAGAAAAUGGAAAUAAAACAAGGACUAGUCCCAAAUUGGAAGCUUACACCAUUCCAUAGGCUAAGCUUCACAGAAUCAAACAUUCUGCCAAAUUUAAUAGAAGACAAUGUGAUUGGCAGUGGGGGUUCAGGGGAAGUUUACCUGGUACCCUUACAUCAUACAGGUGAAAAAUUUGCUGUUAAGAGGAUUUGGAAUUGCAAGAAGUUGGAUCAACAGCUUGAGAAGGAGUUUCAAGCAGAAGUGCAUAUACUUGGAACAAUUCGCCACUCAAACAUAGUGAAACUCCUGUGUGGAAUCUCUAGUGAAGAAUCUGAGCUUCUUGUCUAUGAGUUCUUAGAAAAUCGCAGCUUGGAUUUAUGGCUCCACCCAAAGAGAAGAUCAUAUGUUGCAUGCCCACCUCAUCACCAAGUCCUGCAAUGGCCAACCAGGCUGCACAUUGCCAUUGGGGCAGCUGAGGGGCUCUGCUAUAUGCAUAACAACUGCUCCCCACCCAUUGUUCAUAGAGAUGUGAAAUCAAGCAACGUGCUUUUAGACUCUGAGUUCAAGGCUAAAAUUGCAGACUUUGGUCUAGCAAGAAUGUUGAUCAAGCCUGGAGAAGCUAACACAGUCUCAACAGUGGCUGGCUCUUUUGGCUACAUAGCUCCAGAGUAUGCACACACAGCAAAAGUGAACGAGAAGACUGAUGUGUACAGCUUUGGGGUGAUCCUUUUGGAGCUUGUUACCGGAAGGGAACCCAAUGAUGGUGGCACUGCAGAGUUGUGCCUGGCUGAUUGGGCGUUCAAACACGUCCAAGAAGGAAAACCCAUAGCUGAUGCACUAGAUGCAGGUAUCAAGAAGCCACAGUACUUAGAUGAGAUGCAAUCUGUGUUCAAACUCGGCAUCAUCUGUACUAGCAAACUUCCUUCCACAAGACCUACCAUGAAAGAGGUCCUGAAAAUCCUGCAUUGCAACCAUCAUUCUUGCAUUGUUUCACCACUCCUUAAAUAUUCAGGGAGUGAGAGGACCUCAGAGAGUGAAGAUGAUGAUGAAUCUAAGUCCAUGGUGUGA